AUGUCACGACGCCUCUCUAUCCUCAUAGCGACGACCCUGGAGCUUUCACAGCAAUUUCAAACCACUCUAUCCCCCCCCUCUGCAAACCCCGCAGUCGCAGAAUCUCCGAACAAAGACAAUGCCCUGCCUCUCCUGUCUGCUUCCUCAACAGCUUUGAAAUCGCAAGUCACAAAACUUUCGCUUCUAGCUAUAACCUCUCCUUUCACCCAUUCCGCCAUUGCCACCGUCCUUUCGGAUCUGAAUACCUCCAUUCUUCCGUCCCUUGUCACUGCGGCGCUACUUAUUACUCCGAACGCCUACACGAAAGCCUUUCACUCCGAGAUCCGGGUUUUAGUGAAAUCGACACUGAAGGAACUCUCCGUGCUCGUUCAGGAGGUCAAGAAUAUCGUUGAACAGAAGGAUAAGGCGAAGGCGGAAGAUCCGAAGCGCGCAGAACGUCAACUAUCUCAGUCAGAGAAGGAUGUCAUAACGGUAGCUACUGGGCGCGUUUGGGAGCCUUGUGACGCUCUGAUCGAUGUGGCCGGGAAGGGCGUCAUAGGAUUUGUCAUACGCCGCGUUGAGGAGUGGAGGAAUCUAGUGAAGGAUGCUGUGGAGGAGAUUGAAGAGUGGGAUCCCGGGGAGGGAAAUGAUGAUUUCUUGGAUGACCUUCUAAGCGAUAGCGAAAACGGUGAAGAUUAUGGGGUGGAGAAUUCACGCCGUGGAGACCAAGACGAGGAGCAGAAAGCUGCCUUGCAGGAGCAAAAGAAAACCACAAUCCGCAUCUUGAAACCUAUCGCACAGGUCUUUCCCGCUAUCGUUAAGAACCGCCUUAGCACUUCCGAGAAUCCCACCGUACCGUCAUCCAGGGUCGAAAAACUGGAGUUGCUAAUGCUAAAUCUCCAGAGUAUCCCUAACUAUGUGGAUGAAGUGGCCGGGGCCCUAUACGAAGCAAACUUGGAAAAUUCGUCUAGAUACUUGAUGAAGGCAAGGGCCUGUGCUGCAAAAGCUAUAGAUUUGGUGGUUUUGCCUUGGGACGUGAAUCCCGAAGAUGUCGGUGAUCAGCCAACGCCGGAGGACAAAUUCACGGUCUGGUCGAAGACAUGGUGGAAGGUCGUAGAUGAAGUGAGCAGGUCAAUAGUGGAUGGAACAGAGAAAACGAACACUAGCAGAUGA